AUGACAAAAAGUGCACUUGUUCAAAAUACAGCCAAUUCAUCAUUGUGGUCAUUGACGAUAACAUGGCAACCAACAGCAACUCAAGUCGGUAUACAAGUCUUUUGUGCUGUUGCAUCAGAUAGGUUAAUCGAUGAGACAUCUAGUAUUAAAAUCACAUUUCAAUAU